CAGGUAUUCUUCUCCUCCCUUCCUUUCUGCUGUGCUCUCACCUUCGCCCUUCUCUAUUUUAAAUGGGACUUUGGUGUUUGGAAAGACAAGGAGCUUUGAGUAUCCCUCCUAGCAAAUAAUAGGCGCAUAUGCUCUUAUGUAAAGGAGCUUGCAUAGCUCGCAGCAGCGUCAACUUCCAGUAGAUGUAUGGUUCAUAUGUUGUUGCUUAAAAAAAGGAUACAUCGUGUAUUGGCAAAGCUUGAGCUUUUGGGGAUAUGAGAUACUAAUUUACUGAAGAGGCGACAGUGAAAAUGUUGCUAUGGUCACUAAUCACUGGGUUUUGGCUUUUGGAAAGAUAAGGAAAGUUGGUUAUGCUUUAAUUUCGAAUCAUAGACUCAGCUAUUCUAGCUUACAGGUCCAGGGAACAUUUUAUACAAAUGGUUUCCCUUUCCCUUGCCGAGCCUUUUCACAAGAUAAGGCUUUUAAAAGAGGAAACCUGUUAUUUAAUACAUACAGAGCUAACAAAAACCUAUAUAGGGAUCUUAAUAUCAAUAAAUUCUCUGUUUCUUCAAACAAUGGUUCAAUCACAUGUCAAGCCCUGGCGACAUGGAAAAGGCUUUCUGUCUUGUCUUCUUAUAGAGGACUUUCUUCUUCAUUGCUAAGUAGAAUGGCAUGUGCAAUGAGCUUGGCAUUUACUAGAUUCCAUAUGGUUCCUACUGUUCUGGCUUUUAUUGGUGGAAAUUUGGCAUGCACCCAGCAAGCAUUGGCGGAUGGAGAGCGCUUCAAGACAAGGAACAAUUUAUGCAUGCAAGCACAAGACAGAGAUACUCAUCUUGCUUUGGUUUUUUCAGUCUUGGAGAUUUUUGUGUUGUUGGUAAGAGCACUAUAUCUGGCAAUUUUAUUCUCUCCAAGCAUAGUGAUGGCUCCACUUUCAGAUACUUUAGGGAUUAAGUACAGAAAAACAUGGAUUAGUCUGAUACGCUAUACUUUGGAAAAAUCUGGUCCAGCUUUUAUAAAAUGGGGUCAGUGGGCUGCUACAAGACCAGACCUUUUUGCUGAUGAUCUUUGCAGUGAGCUGGCAAAGCUUCAUAGCAAAGCACCGGCACAUGGCUUUUCUUAUACUAAAAAAGUGAUUGAAAAAGCAUUUGGCCGCAAGCUUUCUGAUAUCUUUGAGAAUUUUGAAGAAGAUCCAGUGGCAUCUGGUAGCAUCGCUCAAGUACACCGAGCUUCUUUAAGUUUCCGAUAUCCCGGUCAACAAUCAAAGAAAAUGGUUGUUGCAGUAAAAGUUAGACAUCCUGGUGUUAGCGAAUCAAUAAGGAGAGAUUUCAUGAUUAUUAAUACAGUGGCUAAAGUCUCAAGGUUUAUACCUGCUCUGAAGUGGCUGCGCUUGGAUGAGAGUGUUCAACAGUUUGCAGUUUUCAUGAUGUCUCAAGUUGAUCUUGCAAGAGAAGCUGCUCAUUUGAGUAGGUUUAUCUACAAUUUCCGCCGGUGGAAAGAUGUUUCUUUUCCAAGGCCUCUAUAUCCGCUAGUACAUCCUGCUGUUUUAGUGGAGACAUAUGAACAAGGAGAAAAAAUUUCUCAUUAUGUUGAUGAGCUUGAAGGAAAUAACCAGGUUAAAAGUGCUCUUGCUCACAUUGGGAGUAAUGCACUCCUCAAGAUGCUGUUGGUAGACAAUUUUAUCCAUGCAGAUUUGCACCCUGGCAAUAUACUUGUUCGAGAAUCUCGAUGGAGAAGUUCAAAUAAGGGGUUACUUAAACCAAAGCCUCAUGUUGUUUUCCUUGAUGUGGGCAUGACUGCUGAACUCUCUAGCAGUGACCGUAUAAAUCUGCUGGAGUUUUUUAAGGCUGUUUCCCUUCGAGAUGGACGUAGAGCUGCACGAAGCACCUUGAUGUUAUCUAAACAGCAGAACUGUCCAAAUCCAAAAGCUUUUGUGGAGGAAGUUGAGAAGAUGUUCACCUUUUGGGAGAGUCCUGAAUGUGAAAAUGUUCAUUCAGCUGAGUGCAUGCAACAACUGCUCGAGCUAGUUCGAUGUCAUAAAGUCAAUAUUAAUGGAAAUAUUUGCACGGUGAUGGUAACUACAUUGGUUCUGGAGGGUUGGCAGCGGAAGCUGGAUCCGGAUUAUGAUGUGAUGCAAACUCUGCAGGCAUUGCUGUUCAAAUCUGAUUGGGCAGAAUCGUUAUCAUACACCAUCAAGGGACUUGCGGCACCUUGAAGAGGGUUUUGUGUUUUUCUGUCAGUUCAUACUCUUAUUUUACUGGAGAUAUCAGCAAAUAAGUUUUCCCCAUCAAUUAGUUCAUCUUCAUUUUAAAAUUACUCUAUGCACUUGCAUACUGUUUUUUGUGUGGUCAAACUUCGUUGCGGCGAAUGUGAUUAAGUUUCUUGUAAUAAAGCGGGUUUUUACAUGUAAUCUAAUUCGUAAUUUUUUGGAUUUUGUAAUCUUUUAGCUGGGCAAUUCCGCACCUCUGUGAAAGUACAGUUAUAAACUGGCCUGUAGCUGAAACAUUGGAGGUGGAACAAAAUGGGGGCUCUGCUUUCUACAUUAAUUAUUGU